UCUUAAAAAGCCAAAACAUAUUCUUGGCUCUGUGUGGCGUCAAUGCGCCGUAUUAGCGAUGCCAGACAGCGCGAGCGUAAACAGUCCUCAGCUUCCUCGCAUCCAGCGGGACAACAGCAGCAGUCCCUCCUCAGAGCCAGAGCGCUGACGCUUUUCUUCUUCUUUUAAUUUUACGCACAGCCAUGAUUCUGACGCACAGCGUCAAAAGUUCAACCCGGAGCCAUGUCCAGGAAGAAGGCAGCGAAGGGCAGAGGGACCUCCAAGAGCCCAAAGGCGUCUCCGAGCAGCGGGCGGACGGCGAAGGGUCUGGCCGCAGCCGGCGCGCCGUCCUCGGCUCUGGUCUACCCGAGCAGACCGUCCAUCAGCAACAGCGGCGAGUUUUACGACGUCGCCUUCAAGGUGAUGCUGGUGGGGGAUUCAGGCGUGGGAAAGACCUGCCUGCUGGUCCGCUUCAAAGACGGAGCCUUUUUAGCCGGCAGCUUCAUCUCCACCGUCGGCAUCGAUUUCAGGAAUAAAGUCAUGACCAUCGACAGUGUGAAGGUGAAACUGCAGAUUUGGGACACAGCUGGUCAGGAGCGCUUCCGCAGCGUCACACACGCCUAUUACCGUGAUGCCAACGCUCUGCUGCUUCUGUAUGAUGUCACCAACAGAGCGUCCUUUGACAACAUCAGGGCGUGGCUGACGGAAAUUCACGAGUACGCCCAGCAGGACGUGGUGGUCAUGCUGCUGGGCAACAAGGCCGACUCCACACAUGACAGGGUGGUGAAGCGAGAGGAAGGAGAGAAACUGGCCAAGGAGUUUGGAGUGCCCUUCAUGGAGACGAGCGCUAAAUCAGGCCUGAACGUGGAGCUGGCCUUCACCGCUGCGGCCAAAGAGCUGAAGCACCGGAGCAUGAAGGAACCAGACGAGCCAAAGUUCCAGCUGCAGGAGUACGUGGACAAGGAAAUGAGGGUCGGUGGCUGCUGCCGGACCUAGACCGCACCCGGUGUGUUGAUCGUGUCAGUUCUGACCGCAGCAAAAGAAAGCAGGGAUCUUAUUAUUAUUAUCGAUACCAUUAUUAUCAUUAAACUACACAAUAACCUGGAGGAUGUGUGUGCCUGGGAAUGACCCUCUCACUUUCUCAGUGACUAUAAGGCCAACCUGCUCUCCCAUAACCCACCCAUCUUCUGCAACUGUGAAUGUAAAAUAACUUGUGCAUGUCCAACACACACACACACACACACACGCACACCCACACACACACACGUUUCAGCUCAGUCCACUGCCUGCAGAAUUUAUGUUGCCCGGAUUUUCAUAUGUGAUGUACAUAUUUUAAAAAUGAUGGCUGAUUUUGUCUUUUGGGAGCUUUGUGGUUUGUUUAACGCGUUAGAGCAGAACUCGGUGGUCAUGAUGUCAUAGUUUAUCAAAUCAACAGAAUCGGAUCAAACUCACUGAUGCAGCUAAUCAGCCGUUUCUAAAGUCACUGUCCUCUUCUUGUACAGCCUAACCUGUUUUAUCGAUGAGUGUAAAACUUGAUCUGAGCCUUCGUCUGGAUAUAUGUGCUCCACAUCUCACGUUUGAAGACGUGUGAUGAGAUUCGACACUAAUCGGAAUUCAGUUUCUCUGUCAUUUUGACCCGAUAUAAAAUGUAAAGAAGUGCAUCAUCAGCAAAAGACUGUACUCUGCACUUUAUCCCUACAAAACAGAGAAUUUUCAUGAGAUAUCCAACUUAUUUAUGAUAAUUAAAAAUGCUACGAGUGCGUUUAAAUGGACAUAAACUUCGCCACUGCAAAGUAAAUAACUUGGUAUUCUGUGUAAAGGUUCACAUUAAUAAAAGUGUCUGAUUUCAAACCCCUUUCAUUAACCUCUGUGGAAAUGACUUUUACAUUUUAACUUAGUCCACUUUACCCGCCAUCAUGUGGAAUUGACUGGAAUAAAAUGAUCACAUCAAAGUCGGACCGUUCUGUCUGUAGAUGAAAAUCUGACACGUCUGAUUUAGUAGCACGUGUGGAACAGAUCUAACCUUUUGUUCGGUGACGGUAUCUAAACUGGACCCUCGAGACGGCGGUGUUCGACAUGGGUCACUUACGGCCAAAAAAGAAAAAGUCCGAUUUGGGUUGGAUAAGCCUGCUGCUGGAACGUAGUCUUGGUGUGCUGCUGGAUUUUAUCUGUGCAUAAAAAAAUACUUCAGACAGAUCUAUGCUUUAAACGACAGAUCCUCUUUCAGAGCAGGUUUCUUCUAGAUUCCUGUUAGAGUCCAAUGGCAAACCUCGACUCAUGGCCCAAAUCCUUCCUACAGCAAAACAUUUUCACUUCUGGUGAAUCAGGUCACAAUUCAAAUUUGUCUCCUGAUGCAGCAGAAAUGAAAGCCGAGGCGUCGGUGGCUGCUUUCAGACUGGCUUUAAGAAUAUUUACUGUCCGCUACCAUAGUUUCUAUAUUCUUUCAGUUUUUAUACAAUGUAGAUAUGUUAUUGUUGGUGGAUGAGAUGAACCUGUAACCAGAAUCACUAAAGUAACACCUGGAAUAUUGAACGUUUCUCGUUUUAAGGAAUGUCUGUUUCAGUUUCUCUCCGCAGCUGAGUUUUUUCCACGGAUGAAGUUGAUCUUUGUAAAAAAAAAAAAAAAAAAAUCAGUGCUGGAUGACGGUUGAUUUCAAGUCAAAAAGACUCUUGGCUUUGUUCUUCAGAUGCAUCAUAAAGAUGCCGUCAUGUGUUUUCUUUUCUGAUGACUAAAGCACUUUUCGUGUAAAUGAGAGAAAUAACUUCACUCGUGGUCUUGUGAUUUGUAUCUCGCAAUUAUUUAUAUUGUAAAUUGUUCAAGAAUAAAUUCUGUCAGAUUCUU